AAAGAGUUUCACAGGCAGAAGUUAUCUUCGCAGUUGAAAGAGAGUUAACUCGGAGUCUUACUGUACCAAGAUACUUUCUCUACGAAUUUAAAGAAGCUAGCAUGCAUAGGCACGAGGUGGUUGUUCUCAUUUCUUUAUUGUACCUGCUCGUUCGCGACGUCGAAGGCCUCUGUCCUCCAAACACACAAUGUUUUGGAAACGGUGACUACAAUGCAAAAGCACAGAGCUGUAAAUGCUACACUCGACGGAGAAUCGGAAGUUUCACGGGAGAGUGCUGUGAAAGUGUCGACUGCAAGCCUAAUGCGACUUGUGUACAUGGCUUCUGUGGAGCUGAUGGUUUGACUUGCAAGCGUUGCCUAACAGGGUGGACUGGACUCAACUGCGAGAAAGUAGACUCCUGUUUUCCUUGGCUUCAUUGUGUGCAUGGCUCCUGCAAAAAGUCCCGGAUGAAGUGUGAAUGUGAACCUGGCUGGGUGGGUGACCUGUGUGAUCGGUCCUUGUGUACAGUGAACUGUACCUAUGGUGCAUGCCCAAAUGAUCCCAAAAAAUGCGAGUGCUAUGAGAACUUUUAUAGCCCUGAAACAGGAUGUGACAGGUCUUACUGUGCGAAGGACUGGGAAUGUAAAAAUGGCGGAUAUUGUGUUGACCUUCACCAUUGUGCUUGCCCGGCUCACUAUACAGGUAAUCACUGUGAGACCAUCAGUGGGUGUGGCGUCCCUUGCGAGAAUGGACACUGUUCCAAGAGUCCAUACGAGUGUGAAUGUGUGCCUGGCUGGGGACCUAAAGGAAAAUGUACAAAAUAUGUCGGAGCCUGUUCAAAUUGCAACUCUGAGGGAGGGACUUGCGAAGAUGGGCCUAACACGUGCAAGUGUAAACCAGGAUAUACCGGUCUUGAAUGCGCACAAAAGAAUUGUGAUGGCUGCGAGAAUGGCUCAUGCGACUUCGGCCCUUUGGGUUUAAAGAAAUGUCGCUGUGACGAGGGUUGGGCCAAUGAGAUCCAUGUACCUGGCUUUAAUGUAUUUUUCGGACCAUGCACAAAAGUGAAAUUAUGCUUACAACCAUGUGUGCAUGGCUCAUGUCCAAAUGAUCCAUACGAGUGUGAAUGCGAUGGUGUUUAUACUGGCAAAGAAUGCGACAGGAUACAAUGUCCAGUGUGUUGUCCUCCUCUGACUUGUGACUGCUCCAAGCCAAAAAGACCAAAGUGUCUUCCAAGCUGGCACCAUGACUGUUGCUUGGUAAAGUCCUGCUUUACAGGGGACACCUUGGUCCACACCGCUAAUGGAAUGGUGCCCAUAGAAAAAAUCGAAGAGGGAGACUUAGUAAUAGUUCGUCAUGAAGACGAUGCUCCUGCCAUUAGCUACUUGCGUCGCGUUGACCAAGUUCGGAAGAGGCUGUUUCCUGCACGAGAUCUCAUCAUGUUCCAAACAGAGGACGAGGUUAUAAAGGUCACUCCUGACCACCAUUUCUUCGAGAGCCCAUCGAACUCGUGGAUGAGUGCCAAAAAGAUAAAAACGUCACAUCUGCUUCAGGCCUUGGACGGAAAAAUGGUAAAAAUUCAGAAGCACCUAACGGCGUCGGAGCUGUUACCAUCAGCUGACGAAAACGAACUUGUGGCCGUGUUCGAUCUUUCGGUGAAUGAGUACGAUCGAUAUUCCGUCGGAAAAAAAGGAAUUCUUACGGCUUCGUGUAACAGCACGGAUGAUCUCAAGACUCGAGACAAACAAGUGUGGGGUAAUUCAAUGAUCCGACUCCUUCAUAAUAUCGACGCUAAGGAGAUCAUUCCACCGGUGGAAAAAGAUCCAGCAGGCUUCCCAAUCUAUGUGUUUGUCAUAAUUGCCGUUGUCCUUGGCGCCAUAUUGUUGAUCAUUGUAUUAGUGCGAAGGAAGAAACGCCAGAGGAAGUAUGACUUACAGAGAGAGUCACUGAUCGCUGCAAGUGCGCAUGCACAGUAAGCCAUUUCUGAGCUGCAAAACCCCUCACUUUCAAAACGAGGCCAGUUACAGUAUUAUCAACUGAGUUGAUAACGUAAAUUAGCUACCGUUAAGAGUUUCAAAGCGGACGUUUCGAGCGUAAGCCCUUCUAUCAUUCGCUCAGACGAAGUGCUAACGCUCGAAACGUCAGCCUUGAAACUCUUUAUAGUGGCCAAUUUACAUUAUCGACUCAGUUGAUAAUACUGAAUAAUUUCUCAACUACGCCCCCUGACAAAAAUAAAAAACAAAUUACUUUUUGGCACAGAGAAAUUGUAUCGAGAAUACGAACAAACAGAAAACGACAGCCAUAUGAAAUGCCUGAUAAACACCUCUGCCACCCUAUGACAUCAUGCAAAAUCAUCCAAG